AUUUCAAAGUGGAAACACGGUUAUGAAAAACUGGAAUUUCGUAUUUGUUUGUAAACAAAAACAUGAAUAGAAAUAUACUGUAAAGUGAGGCAAAAUGUUUGGAAACUUAAAAGAUCGAUUUUAUGAUGUACAGCAUGAUCUCACCCAAGGGUAUGUGUAAAAUUUCGCUAAAAAUCCAUACUUCAAUAUUGUAUACGUGUUAUAUAAUUUCUGUUUAAUUUUGAUUUAUAUAUUUUUCAAUUGGUAGUUUGCGAUCGAUUUCCACAAAAGCGAAAACAGCAAAUCAACGAUUCGUUAGGUGAGUAAACAUAAAAAUGUAUUGGUAUAAUGAAAUGCUUGACAGGCAACGAAUUAAUGUUGAUUAUCUGUGCUAGUCUGCUAGAACACCCCCUUCUUUCUAUUAUCCCCUACCAUCCUCCUCCCCCCCCCCACCUAUCGCCCUCUCCCCCACCCAUUACCCUCUCCCCACCCAUCACGUCUGCUUGUGAUAAUCACAACCUUGAAACUUAUCACUUUAACAUAAAGAUCCUCAUAUUUUUCUAGAAAAGCAGCAUUUGCAAUAGCCGAAGAUGUUAAUGUAAACAGGUACUGUAUAAUAUUAAAAGGGGCCAUUGACAAAUAUAUGUCCCCCCACAAGCACAGACGUGUACCAUAAUUGCUUUAACUGCUCCAACUAUUGUGGACAAGUAAAUGUCUUUUCCCAUGCACAUCACAGAACAAGACAGUCUGAAUAUUAAAGGCUUUAAAUCCCUGUGGUUUUUGCAAUCAAUAAGGGAAAGUACAUUUAUUAUGCCGAGGGGGGGGAUGAAGAUGUUAAGGGGGGGCUCCGAAAUAUUUUCUGGCAUUAAAGGGGGGGCUCUGAAAGUUCUUGAUAUACUGAAGGGGGGGCUCUAAAGUUUUCAAAGGUUUGACCCCAGCAAAUUAAAGUUAAAAUUUUUACAUUAGUUUCAGGUAAAAUUUGCAUAAUAAAGUAAUUAUUUUUGUGAAAUGAUAACCAUUUUUGUAAAAUACAGUCAAUUUACAUGCAAUUUGUUUGCGAAAUUUGCUUUAGAAAACGCCAGAAAUUCAGUCCUAGAGCUUCGAAAAUGUAAAAAUUUUCUGGGGGAGGACCCCCAGACCCCCCUUUUCUCCCAAAACUUAGUAUAAGAGUGCCAAUCAAUCACAAAAAGCUUUAUUAUAAUUAUUACACGUAUAAUCCUCUGACAUCCCCCCCCCCCAAACGUCAGAUGCUUUGCUACGUCCCUGCUACGUCAGAUGCUUUCUACGUCCAAGAUAUCCUUAGUCUGCUCUUCUAAAUGGAUACAUGAAAUCACCUAUAGCUUAUUUUAAUUUUUUUUGCGCCAGGUUUGUGAAGUAAUUUACGCGCCAAAAAGCAAAAAAGCAUAUACAAUUUGCAAGAAUGAUAUGUUCUAUGUUUAUGGGAUAUUUCGUACAAACGGGAUGGAAAUUAAAGAAAUUGAAGCAUACUGGCACUUUUGCAUGCAUUUUGACAGGCAUGCAAAGACAUUUGCAACAGAUGCCGGGAGAUACGUUGGGUGGGGGCAACAUACUGUAAGGUUCCAGCACAUUACCCUGAUCCAGGAAAUCCUGGCCACUACAUGAACGUGUUCAAGACUCCGAAUGCGCUCAAUGAUGGACAACAACGACUUGUUGAUAAUUCCACCCCUAGAGCCAAUUUAAAAUGUUUUAAAGACGGUGCCAUUUCAUCUGGCGCUAGUGAGAUGAAAGAAGCAGCAGAUCGGUAGUUUUGUUAAGAAGAAGAACUGAGUAGCACUUGAGUAUAUCAGACAUCUUGAGGAACUGCAAAUUGUAUCUAUGAUAAGAGAGAAUUCCGGAUUGUACUCCUUCGAUUCCGAAUUCUAGGGAGGAGGGGGGGGGCAUUGAAAAUUUUAAAAACUUCGAGGGGGGGGGCAUCGAAAUUUACCGAUAACCUCAACAGGGGCCCUGUAAAAAUAUGAGCUUUUUUCAAGACAUCUUCAUCCCCCUCCCUCGGUGUAAUAAAUGUACUUUCCCUAAUUUUGACUGUUUUUUUGUUGUUCAGCAAUGAUCAAUGCUUUGAUUGUAACUUAGAAGCAGGUUCAGAAAUAGUUGCUAGGUAUGUCACAUUUAACUGCAGUAUUAUGAAUUAUAGGUGGUAAUUAAAAUUGAUACUUAAUACUACACUUGUGUUUUAUUUUCCUUGAAUGUUUUUUAGGUUUUAUAAAAACUGGGCUGAAAUUCAUUGGAAGGGAAAAGAUGUGGCUGAAAAAGCAGAAGUAAUCUAAAUCAUUUCCAAAAACAAAGUUAUUUUUUUAUAAUAAUUAAAGCAGCUUGAUUUCAAAACGUUUCUUCUCUAGGAAACAGAUAAAACGAUUUUGGAUGGUUUAAAAAAAUGUGCUGCGCUGGAUAGAGCUAUAACAUCUUUUCAUCAAGAACUUUCAUUCUUGCCAGACGUACUUGAGAAAAUUGAUGCAGCAACCGAAAAAAUAGGUCCGUAGAAACUACGCUAUUUCCUCGCAUAUCUGCCGUCUUAGUGUAAACAGUUCACACAUGCAUGGACUUGUUAGUAAAGUACGGUCGAUAUCGGCAUUGUUUCUGGGAACGAAUCACGACUGAUAUUUCAUAAAUGCUGUCAUUGCAUACACACGUAAAAAUCUAAUAACUUGUCAACAAAGUUUUUUAUUUUCGAGUUACCGUUGUUUUAUAUUUUAUUGAAAUACUCAGUGGUUGCUGUAAUUCUUGUCAACAAGAUGUGUUCGCAAGAGGCUUGUAGCAAGCUUGUCAACAAGUUGUGACAAUGCUGUUAUUUUAUCAAGUUGCUACAAGGUUGUCACUCACAACUUGUUGUUAACAAGUUGCUGGAACAACUUGUAACAAGUCUACAACCUUGUAGCAAGUUGACAACAAGUUGGAAACUAGCAGUGCGACUGACAUCUUGUUGACAAGUUGUUGGAACAGCAUUGCUACAAGUCUACUGCAGGAAACUAUUAUUUCUAUAGAAAACAUUCACAGCCAAAUUGAUGUGUUUGAACAACUUAUUGACGAGUACGAAGAAGUAUCGGUUAGAAAUAUCUUGGAACGAAGGAAAGCGAAAGAAACUAAAAUUCUGGAUAGAUACGUUGAACAUUUAGAGUAAGUUUGAAAAUUUACUUACAGAAUUUGCCGAUUUCACCCACACGGCAGAAUGUCUCUCCCAGUUGACUCAGCCGCGAAUACCAGCGCCUAUGAAAUCCUGAAUUUGGUUCCGAUCUCGGCGAAAUUGCGGACGACAUUCCAAAUUAAAUGGGACGCGCAUGGGAACACGUCCAGAACACGGCCCAGACACAUUCCGAAGGAAAAUAGAAUUUCUAAUCAGUACUAUACUGUAUAUUAAACCAUCUGACUUGUGUAUGCCUUUUUAGAGCAUUUAACAAAGAAAAUAGUUCAGUAUAUUGCCUUAUUGGCAGGUGUGCUACUGUAAAAUCCUGGGUAUAAAAACCUACUAUUUUCCAAGUCGGAGUGAUUAGGCACUUAAAAUUAUGUUUUAUUUAAUUUCAUAGGUUUGAGUACAACAGUUUAGCAGGUGAGGGUCCGCAAAAACUAGUUAGAUGCACACGGCUCUACUUAGUCUUUGUAGCUAAAAACAGUGUUACAAAACCACAAUCACAAUGAACACUGUAUAUAUUUCUAAAAAUGUGUUUUCUGUAGAGGAGUUCAAAGCAAAGAAAUCGAUCGAAGAUGAACAAACAAGAAGACUAGAACGUCAAGCGUCCGCCGAAAGACAAAAAGUUUACGAAGACGUCUUUCUUGAAGAAAUGCAACAUUACAUCCAAUAUGGCGCUACAGAAAGUAAGAAGUUGAACGAUGGACGUGUCUUAAUUGAGGAAUGAUUAACUACGCAGAUAGUAGUUCGUCUUGACGGAUAGUCCAUAUUGUACUUGCAUCCGAUGAAGAUAUUCCUUUUUUUGUUUUUGUAUGUAGAGCCGAUUGCUGGAACACCGCCAUCACAAUCAUUGGAUGAUAUCACAUUGGAGGAGGAUAUUGAUUUGGAACAACAACUGAAUGACUUCCUACAAGCUGAACCACUGGAAGCAAGUAGUGGAGACGGUGUCAGUGCAACAAAAGAAACGUCGGAAAAUGUAGAAAAUAAGGAACAAAGUUGACCAAAUGGCAAAGCUAGCUCACGAAAUAAACGAAACAAUUAAUAUUGACAAGAUAUAUCUCUUGCCUCUUUAACAGCAUCAGUGACAGUGUAAAAUAAAGUAAUUAUAUUAACAAAUUGCUGUUUGGCUUUAUCACACAUUUGUUUCAGUUUUCUUGUUGCAAGGUUGAUGACGGUAACAGACUGGCCGCAAGUUGUUCCAGCAAGACUAAUACAGGCUAUUCGUAAUAAGUUGUUACAAGCUUGUUGUCAUCAACAUGUUAACAACUUGCUACGUGCAAACAAUAUCAGAGUUGUUGAAACAAUUUGUUGCAAGUCUGUUGGCAUCAUCAGCCUUGUUUGAUAACAACUUGUUCCGGACUUGUCAACAAGUUGGACUUGUUCACAAGCUAUGAGAUUAUUUUUACAUGUGUAGCUGUGUGUGAUCUUUAAUUAACCCAUUGAGUCGCAUUGCACCCCGAUGCACCCUACUUCAGUAUUUUACUCUGUCUAACACCAGACGAUUUUACUCGUCAAGGGGAGAGCGCUGGCGCUUAAUGGGUUAACUGGCCUAUCUGCCCAUGUGUCUAGUUAACCCAUUGAGUCGCAUUGCACCCCAAUGCACCCUACUUUAGUGUUUUACUCUGUCUAACGCCGGACGAUUUUACUCGUCAAGGGGAGAGCGCUGGCGCUUAAUGGGUUAAAUUACCAAUGAGUACGGAAGCAUAUUGCAUGUCUGGUUAUAAUGUACUAGACCACCAUUGUCAUAAACCAAAGCCACCAUCAAGACAAUGGGAACGGUAAGUUUUUUUCAGAUACUUCCGACAUACUGUCUUCACUGCCUUCAUUGAAUGUCUCGUUAAAAUAACUUCCAAUAGUGUAUGUUUCAUCCAUGUCAGAUUGAUUAACCAGGAAUACAGACUGAUUG